CAAAGUUUUGAGUCACCAAUUCAACACCAAAUUCAAAGCAAACACUUAAUUACUUCCCUUUAGUCUCUUCAUAUUCUGAUUUUGAAUAUGGCUCCCAAUUCCAUCACCAAACACAUCAACAACAACACCUUCAACAUUGUUACUUCAAAACUACAAGUCAACGACCACAUCGUUCUCUCCGAAGUGCCCAACAACAUCACCACCACCACCCCAUGUUCCACCACCACCACCAACGGCUGUUUCCUCGGCUUCGAAGCCCAAAACCAUCAAAGCCGCCACGUGGCACCCUUAGGCAAGCUCAAGAACACAAACUUCAUGAGCAUCUUCAGGUUCAAGGUAUGGUGGACAACUCACUGGGUCGGGUCAAACGGGUCGGAUCUAGAAACCGAGACCCAAUUCCUAAUGCUGGAUAACAACCCCAACACGGGUCGACCCUACGUUCUCUUUCUUCCCAUCAUAGAGGGUUCGUUCCGCGCGUCGUUACAACCGGGACAAAACGACAACAUCGAAGUCUGCGUUGAGAGCGGGUCAAGCAAAGUAACAGGAUCAAAAUACGACGCUGUCGUUUACAUACAUGCGGGAAACAACCCUUUCACGCUGGUUAAGGAAGCGAGUAAGGUUGUGAGGGCUCAUUUAGGAACAUUCAAUCUGUUAGAAGAGAAAACACCACCUGGGAUUGUCGACAAGUUUGGAUGGUGUACAUGGGAUGCAUUCUACCUUACGGUGCACCCUCGUGGUAUAUACGAAGGUGUGAAGGGUCUAGUUAACGGUGGUUGUCCACCGGGGUUUGUUUUAAUCGACGACGGGUGGCAGUCUAUCAGCCAUGAUGCGGAUCCAAUAACGAAAGAAGGAAUGAACCACACUAUUGCUGGUGAACAAAUGCCAUGUAGGCUCAUAAACUAUAAAGAGAAUUAUAAGUUCAAAGAUUAUGUGUAUGAGAAGAAUAAGGAGAAGAAGGAGAAGGGUUUGGGUGGGUUUGUGAAGGAGUUGAAGGAAGAGUUUGAGAGUGUGGAGUAUGUUUAUGUUUGGCAUGCUUUGUGUGGUUAUUGGGGUGGGAUAAGGCCUGGUGUUAAUGGCUUGCCGGAAUCCGUCGUGGAGAGGCCCAAGUUGUCGCCGGGAUUGGAAACAACCAUGGAGGAUCUUGCUGUUGAUAAGAUUGUUAAUAAUGGGGUAGGGCUUGUUCCACCUCACUUGGUUGAUCAAAUGUAUGAAGGGCUUCAUUCUCAUUUGGAACUUGCUGGGAUUGAUGGGGUCAAGGUUGAUGUCAUCCAUUUGCUGGAGAUGGUGUGUGAGAAAUACGGGGGCCGAGUAGAUUUGGCGAAGGCGUAUUACAAGGCGCUCACAGCUUCGGUGAGAAAACAUUUCAAAGGCAAUGGUGUCAUUGCCAGCAUGGAACAUUGCAAUGAUUUCAUGUUGCUUGGAACUGAAGCUAUAUCGCUUGGUCGUGUUGGGGAUGAUUUCUGGUGCAGUGACCCUUAUGGUGAUCCAAAUGGUACAUUUUGGUUACAAGGGUGUCACAUGGUGCAUUGUGCAUACAACAGCUUGUGGAUGGGCAAUUUCAUUCACCCAGAUUGGGACAUGUUCCAAUCUACACACCCUUGUGCUGCCUUUCAUGCAGCUUCUCGAGCCAUAUCUGGUGGCCCUAUUUACAUCAGUGACACAGUUGGUAAUCACAACUUUGAAUUGCUCAAGACUUUGGUCUUGCCUGAUGGUUCCAUCCUAAGAUGUGAGCACUAUGCACUUCCAACCCGAGAUUGUCUCUUUGCUUACCCUCUCCAUGAUGGCAAAACAAUGCUCAAAAUAUGGAACCUUAACAAGUAUAGUGGAGUUCUUGGGGUGUUUAACUGUCAAGGAGGAGGUUGGUUCCCUGAGGUUAGGUCCAACAAAUGUGCUGCUGAGUCUUCUCAUGUGGUUUCAACCAAGUACAAUCCCAAAGAUAUUGAAUGGAACAGUGGCAAGAACCCAAUUUCUAUUGAAGGAGUGCAAGUUUUUGCCUUGUAUUUCAGCCAAGCUAAGAAGCUUGUCCUUUCAUCACCAUCUGAUAGUGAAGAAAUUUCCUUGGAACCAUUCAAUUUUGAGCUUAUAACUAUUUCCCCUGUGACUUUGUUGCCAAACAAGUCCUUGCAAUUUGCUCCUAUUGGUUUGGUGAAUAUGCUGAAUACUGGUGGAGCAAUCCAAUCCUUGGAUUUUGAUGAGGCUCAAAAUUUGGUUGAAGUUGGAGUAAGAGGCAUUGGGGAGAUGAGGGUCUUUGCCUCAGAGAAACCAAGCACUUGUAGAAUUGAUGGGAAAGAAAUUGAUUUUGAAUAUGAAGGGUCAAUGGUCAUUAUUCAAGUGCCAUGGCCUAGUUCUUCAAAAUUAUCCUCUGUUCAGUAUAUAUUCUGAGCAUAGCAUUGGCUAUCAUUUUUUUUUUCUUUUGUCCUUAGUGAAUUGUGUUGAAAGGGGUAUUUUUAAGCCACUAGCAUUCGUCUAGUGGUGAGGUAUUUGGAUAAAUUGUAUUAGGUUAUGUGUUCAAUUUUCACUUGUAUAAAAAAAAGAGGGGCAUUUUUAUCCCUUAUUUAUA